AUGAAGAGUUCUUUAUACUUUGUAUCAUCUGAAAGAAAAUCUUUUUGGAAUAAAAAUUUGAAGUCUUUGGUUAAUUAUGAUUUUCAAAAAUUGUCUGAGGACUAAUAAACAAUAGUUUUAUUUAAAUAAGGAUAGUUAUUUAAGAGAGCAACUCCAAGAAGAUAUAAGAUUUAUUGUUAACACUUAUUUUAUUUUCGAGAGGUAAGUGUUUUAUAUUUUAUUAGUGAUUUAUUAAAGAAUGGUGAGAUUGGUGGUUUUUUAAUUCUCAAAAAUGUUUAUUGUUCUUUUAGAAAAUAAGAAAACUUAUUAAUAAUGACAUUGUCUCAUGAUCAAUCAGAAUUAUAGUUGUUUGUUGUAAAUAUAACAGAAGAAGUAGAAAAUUUUAUAGAUGAAUUAAAAUCAAAUUGCAUACAAGAAUAAAAUCUGAUAAAUAUUUAUAAAAUCAAUUAAAAAAUAGGGGAAGGAAUAACAUGUGAAGUUUAUUAAAUUUAUUAUUUUUUAGGUCUUUUUGGGAAGCAAUUUAAAUGAUUAGAAAUUUGCAAUAAAAAAAGUAGCAAAAGCAUAAAUAGGGAAUAAAAUGAGAGAGAAGUAAGCUAAGAGUUUAGCAGAAGAAAUAUAUAUAAUGAGAAGUUUAGAUAAUCCAAAUAUUCCAAAAUUAUAUGAAGUAUUUGAAAAUGAUGGUAUCUUAUUUAUAGAUAUAAAAAAGAUUACAUUGAAUUAGUAAUGACUCAUUAUGAAGGUGGUCAUUUAUAUGAAAAGCUUCAAAAUUUUAGUCUUUCAUAGAAAUAACAAUUAGUUAAAGAUAUUCUCGAAACUAUGAAUUAUGUUCAUUAAUAAUAAAUAAUGCAUCGAGAUUUAAAACCAUAAAAUAUUAUUUAUAAAUAUAAGGAUCCAACAAAUAUAGAAAUUGCUAUUAUUGAUUUUGGAUUUGCAACAAACUAAAAAUAUCAUGAUCAUGUACUUUAUAAUUGUGGUACACAUGGAUAUGCUGCUCCAGAAGUAUAAGAAUAUAAAGAAAAAUAAAAAAUGUAUACAACUUAAUGUGAUGUUUAUAGUUUAGGAAUUAUCAUUUAUGAAAUGUAUCUUUAUUUUUUAUUUUAGAUUCUUUGCAAUACAUCCAUAUAGAAGUUCAAAUUCUGGAACUCUUACUUUCAAUGAAAAAGUCAAAGUUCCAUAAUCAUUAAAGAAUCUUUUAAUUCAAAUGACAAGAAUCUCACCUAAAUAAAGGUUUACUUUACAAGAAUCUUUAGAUCAAGACUUUUUUAAAGAAAAUCUUGAUUAUUUUAGUUUAGAAGACUUAUCAAAAUACAGUUUGUUUGAUUCAAUUUACUUUAAACCUUUGAAUAAUUCAAGAUAAAACUCUAUUGAUCAUUCUUUAAAAUAAGAAAAAGCAAGUAAAAUAGAAUCAACGAAAAAUAAGACAAUUUAUUCUACUGGUAUAGAAUCUAAGAAUCUAUUAUUUAAAAGUCUUAAUCCUUUUGAUUAAUAAUUCCAAGAUGAUCUCUAAUUUAAUGAAUAUCAUAAUUAUCCAAAUGACUUUAAUAAUCUUCUCCACAAAAGAAUAUGA